CAUUUCAUUUCACUCGGGUUGUGCACGAGAGCGAGAAAAAACAACAGCCCGCAGAUUAAAAUAAAAUAAAACAAACAAGCAAAGCACUAUACUGUGCUUACACAGAAAGAAUAGUGGAUUUAUUUAUGCGGAGUUCCGCUGCUUUUCUUCAGUUGUAUUGUAAAGUGUAAACUUUUAACUACGACAGUAAUUUGGUCGGAGUGAGCAGCUAAGCUAAGCUAAGCUGUUAGCGGUUAGCAGUUAGCAUAACUGUUUAUUUACGUAGCGACGUCGCCGCCGUUAGCUUGACAUGUCUGGAGAACCUAGCAAAGCAUUUUAAACUGGAACAAGGAAUCAAUUUCAAGAAAAAAAAGGAGCUGUGGGAUUAAAUACAGAAAGAGGUUUGCUGGUUAAGCGGAGUGGACCUGCAGGACUGUGUGGCACAGAGGAAUGAGUCAUGACCUCUGUGGUGGUAAUAGACGGUGGAGGGAACGUCCUGGAGUAUGUCACCGGGGACGAAGAGGCGCAGCAGGAGGUGUGUUGUGAUGACACGGUGAUCCACGAGGACGAAACCGAGUGUCCCGCGGUGAUCGUGGAGCAGGUGAACAGCGCCGACGUGGAGCAGUGCUACGCCGCUCAGGUGCUCGUCUGCGACGAUGAGAACACCUACCUGAUGCAGGACGUGGUGGAGGAGCAGGUGGUGGAGACUGAGGUGCAAGACGCAAGCAUAGUGGAAGUAUCAGUUCAUGACAAGACCAUUGAAGCGGCCGAGGCUCUGCUGCACAUGGACUCACCUGCCAGCCUUCAUGGUGACCACAGCCCAGAGGAGUUCCUGUCUGAGAUGGAGGUGGAAGUGAGCACCGAGGACAUGGGGCAUGUCGUGGAAGAUUCACAAAGUGUGUUGCAGCAAGAAGAUCUGCAGAAGAAGAAAAGAGGACGGAAAUCCAAACUGCCGCGGGCUUGCUGCGACGGCUCCUUGGAUUUAAUUUAUAAGCGGAAAUCGAGGGAGAGCAAGGGCACCACCACGUACCUAUGGGAGUUUCUGCUGGAUCUCCUUCAGGAUAAAGAAACCUGCCCUAAGUACAUCAAAUGGACAGAGAAGGAAAAGGGCAUCUUUAAACUGGUCGACUCCAAAGCGGUGUCCAAGCUGUGGGGCAAACACAAGAACAAACCAGACAUGAACUACGAGACAAUGGGACGAGCGCUCAGGUAUUACUACCAGCGAGGAAUUCUUUCCAAGGUGGAAGGCCAGAGACUGGUGUACCAGUUCAAGGAGAUGCCCAAAGACAUCGUGUUCAUUGACGACGAUAUGGAGGACGGGAUGGAGAAAGGCAAAGCGCAGAGUCCCACAGCAGCCGACUACACGGCUCCCAGGCGGAGGAAGGAGAGGCUCUCUCCCGUUUCAUCCUCCGCGCCCGUCAUCAGCAUCGCCUCCGGACCGGAUAGGCUUGUGUCUGUGCAACAGACUCCGGUCACCACGACGACGGGCCCCAGGACGGUGAGGUUAGCCAUGCAGGUGCCAGUUGUCAUGACGACGCCCCAGGGUCAAAAGGUCUCCACGGUGACCCUCAACUCUCCCACGAGCUCCUCUCCGGUCCUGACGACGGGCAGCGUUCUGAGUGGGGGGAACAGCGCGGGUAAAAUGGUGCUGCAGGCUAUGCCCACGCUGGUGCCCACGCAGGGGCAGAACGGCGAGCGGAUCACACUGCAGCUCAUCACGCUCCCCGCCACUGCCGCCACCACCCCAACCAAAGCGGGCACGCCCAUCACACUGCGCACGCUCGCACCGCUCACAGGGACCCAGGUGCUGCAGCUCGCCGUGUCUUCCUCCACAAACACCCCCACCACGGUCACAGUGCCAGCGGAGGCAGCGCUGACCUCACAGGAAAUCAAGAUCGUCAAGGUGGAGACUCUGGAGCAAAGCGCACAGGCCACGACGCACAGCUGAGACGCUGUUCACACACACACACGCACACACACACCUGCAGCGCUUGUGUCAAAUCAACAUAUGAACCACAUCGAUUUGCUUUUAUAAUAAUGACUGUGCUCACGAGGACUUCAGUAAUGAAAGCAGCACUACAGCUAAACCCCUCCCCCACGUUCACAUUCACGUCCCAACACUAUGACUGACCUCUGAACCCAGCCUGCUCAGAAAUGAAGCAGCCGAGACGACGCGAGACGCUUUCUGACCUGUCGAAAGUCGAGACAGACUGCGGUCACGGUUACGGCACCGAGUCGUAAUCGCCGCUAAAGACCUGACGGAGAGACUGAGACGCUUUGGACAAAACGCAGCCAAAGGAAAGAAAAGUUUCCACCAGCACUGACGGGAAGCGUGGCAAUGACGCUGUACAUAAACGGACUCGAUCGUCAUAGUGAACAAAAUGUAAAGCAGCUUCUGAAUUUUUAUUUUAGUUUUCGUUAAAGUUAAACUUUUUCCUUAUAGUGUAAAUAAGAAAUAUAAACUUUUUGAUAUUUUGUAUCAGGCAGUGUUUUUUUUUUUUUAAAGCAGUCUUAAAGAAAAAAAAUCUUAACUUUGUAGAUCGUAAUCAUUUCAUUUUCUAUAUACAGAUUUUGUUUUUGUUGCAUUUUAUAUCCAUUAUACCUCUUAUCCACAUUUCUUUUGGCUCAUUUACAAUUGUGUAUAAAAAAAAAAGGGAGAGAAAAGGUAUGUGUGUGUCUUUCGACUGAACUUUAUUGAAUGUUCAGUAUUUGAAGCCUAUAUUUUGUUGUACUCCUCCUAUCCAAGCUUGUAUCCAAGUAGAUUUAAAUAUACAGGACAUUAUUAUGCAAACGAACGAGAUUCUCUUGGCGUUUUGUUUCCUCAUGGUCUGACGUGUCACCACUCGUCACUUUUUACUCCGUAUCUUAUCAGUAGCAAUCAACCGUUUGCACAGAUCUCCCAUGAUGCUCGCUGAUUUUGUUGCGUCUUUGUGGGACGUUAGCGAACUGUAAUUUUUCGCAAAUGUAUCACGAAUUGAGUAAUCGCGACAAGGUCAGGUAAAGAUAAAGGAACGUCUAGGGUGGAUCCGUACGGCGAUGAAGACGAUGCGUGAAUUACACAGACGUCGUGAAUUUCCUGGUGUUAACCACUAGCUCCGUCACUGGGUAGCAGAUGAAAGCGUACAAAAGUUUAGUGCGAGUUUACUGUAAGGGUCUCGUAGGUUCCUGAUGUGGGCAGAUGUUACACAAAACACAAACCAAAAAAAAACCCCAACCUCAUUACUGACGUUCUGAGGCAACGUUUCACCGAGCUCAACUACCUACGUUUUACUGCGGCUUUGUGCUCUGCAUCUGUAUCUACAAUAUAAAUUGGAGUAGCGCUUACAUGUAUAUCACUAACAGUAUGUCACAUCUUUUUAUAUAAACUUGUCCUUUACGAAAUGAUCUGCACAUACAGUUGUGCUCAUAAGUUUACAUACCCUGGCAGAAUUUUUGCUUUCUUGGCCUUUUUUCAGAGAAUAUGAAUAAAAACUUUUUUCCCCACUCAUGGUUAGUGGUUGGGUGAAGCCAUUUAUCAUAAUGACAACAAAAACCAUCCAAAUGACCCUGAUCAAAAGUUUACAUACCCUAGUUCUUAAUACCGUGUAUUGCCCCCUCUAACAUCAAUGACGGCCUGAAGUCUUUUGUGGUCGUUGUGGAUGAGGCUCUUUAUUUUCUCAGAUGGUAAAGCUGCCCAUUCUUCUUGGCAAAAAGCCUCCAGUUCCUGUAAAUUCCUGGGCUGUCUUGCAUGAACUGUGCGCUUGAGAUCUUCCCAGAGUGUCUCAAUGAUAUUGAGGUCAGGAGACUGAGAUGGCCACUCCAGAACCUUCACUUUGUUCUGCUGUAGCCAAUGACCGGUCGACUUAACCUUGUGUUUUGGAUCGUUGUCAUGUUGGAACGUCCAAGUACGUCCCAUGCGCAGCUUCCGGGCUGAUGAGUGCAAAUUUGCCUCCAGUAUUUGCUGAUAACGUGCUGCAUUCAUCUUUCCUUCAACUUUGACCAAGUUUCCUGUGCUUUUGUAGCUCCACCUCCGUGCUUUACAGUAGGAACGGUGUUCCUUUCAUCAUAGGCCUUGUUGACACCUCUCCAAAUGUAACGUUUAUGAUUGUGGCCAAAAAGUUCAAUUUUGGUCUCAUCACUCUAAAUUACCUUGUUCCAGAAGUUUUGAGGCUUGUCUCUGUGCUGUUUGGCGUAAAUUUUUGUUGGUCUACCUGACCGUGGUUUGGUUUUAACAGAGCCCCUGAUUUUCCAUUUGUUAAUCACAGUUUGAACACUGCUGACUGGCAUCAUCAAUUCCGUGGAUAUCUUUUUGUAUCCCUUUCCUGUUUUAUACAGUUCAACUACCUUUUCCCGUAGAUCCGUAGACAAUUCUUUUGCUUUCCCCAUGACUCAGAAUCCAGAAACGUCAGUGGCUGGAUGAAAGAUGCAAGAGUCUGUCUGGAUCCCAGAAACUCACUCAGCUUUUAUGCGCACACACUGAUUACAAGCAAACAGAUCACAGGUGAGGACGCUACCUUUAGUAGCCAUUCAAACCCAUUUGUGUCAACUUCUGCACAUGUUAUCAGGCCAAAAUCACCAGGGUAUGUGAACUUUUGAUCAGGGUCAUUUCUGUUGUCAUUAUGAUUUAAAAAGAGAAAACACAGUCGUUUGACAAUAAAUGGUUUCACCCAACCACUAAGCAUGA